GCCCUUCCUGUUGCUACAACAUCAAUAYUCAACACACUACCGUACCAUUAUGAAAUAGUACAGCAACUCAUAGAAACACUGUGUCUGAUUCUUGGUUCGGAAAACGUUCGCAGGAGAGCAAUUGCUGCGCUGAACCGAAUUUUKUUCUUGCGAUCGAUACAGUGAAGAAAGAUUUGUUUUGGUCUUUUAAAUCAAGAUGACGACGAAUUCCAAUACAGACGCCGGGUCAGAGGACACUGGCAAGAUGGAUUCGGGGAACAAAGCUUCCAUCGAGCAUGAAGCGACUACAUUGUCUCCGACAGCGAUGUCUCCCACAAAAAUGGCUUCGACACCGAUGGCUUCAACACCGAUGGCUUCGACACCGAUUGCUCCGACGCCUAUGGCUUCGAUAACGAUGAAAACACCAACCGCCAUGGCGAGGUCGGAAUCUCUGUCUGCGCUUCAUGAAUACAAUGAAAUCACCGAAGUUCCAGGUACCUAUCCUCCUGCUCAUAGCUCCCAUACUUUGCCAACUCCAAUCUUAUCCAACAGCAGUAGGAAAUCGAUCCCAAAGGACGAUUCGGAAGGAAAGCCCAAAUUGGUUCCAUACAACGACGAGGACAACGAGUUCGGUCACUUCCUCAACGUCAGCAACUCUCCAGACCGACACCAGCUGAUAMAACAACGAUUUAAUGCAGGUCGACCCCCUCAGAAGUUACAGUUUAUCAAAGACGAGAAACAAAGCAGCAACAACGACUGGAACAACGCAGACACACUUCCGAGGAACAACGUUCAGAAAGGGCCUGYCAGUACCGUUCCCCUGGCAAAUUUGUUUCAGACACCACCGCUUGGACCCACURUAGGUCCGGUUCUCUCGACGCCAGACCUCUUCAACUUACAAAAAGAACAGGAGCAAAAUGGCCUUUCCACGCUGUCUAUUCCCAAGUUGUCGACUGGAACACAUAGCGGUCAUGAUAUUAUCGAUAAUAUGGAUGAUUAUAUCGRAAAGAGACGCAAKCAAAGGCCCAGCGUCAGUUUUCGCUCGUCYAUAAGUUCUUCGGGAAGUGAUUUCGACGACGACGAUGAUACACUGGACGACGGCACACCUCCGGAUAUGCCGCGUCCACGCAACCUCAUGUCUCUGGAUUCGAACCGACGGGUGUCGUUGACGGUGGACAUGGAAACCGGACGGUCACCCGGGCGAAACUCGCAGUUCCACCGCGGCCAGAGCGUCUUGAAGCGCAGCUGUAGCGUCGACAUGAUGACCGCCCAGUCGCCGAGGGUCCGGCGGAUGCGACAACUGUCCCAAAACAUGGAGUCKUUUCGGAUUGAGGCGAAAAAAAUWAAAAAAUUGCUGGCCCUGCCACCUGGAAAASUCACGGGCGAAGCACAGAAAAAAGAGGCCGGCGCCGCUGUCAAAGGCGAUAGCGAUAGCGACGAUGAGUUUUACGACAUCGAAGGGGAAGCCGCAGCCAGGCUGAAACAACACCGCAAACGGAAAGUAARCMAAKCGYCCGUUGCAAGCCAAGCGGAAAGCKUGARAGAAACCGACCGAAAUAGACGCAAUCGCUACAMUGUACAGCAAAAGAGCGUAAGGUAUUUCGAUAGAAAGCRCUUGCUUCMAAAACGYGAUGUGCAAUACCGAUUGKCGGCAAUCUCGCAGACGGAGCUGCKGCGGCGGCGGUACAGASAGAGCAUCGAUAGCAGGUUCAACAUUCCCAGCAACCUUAUCGAUAGCAUACACGAUCCAAACCACCAGGCUMRCGAAAACAGUCCCAAAACGAGAUUGGGGAAAGCCGUUGCGAGGUUCCGAAAAUGGCUGAGGAUGGCAAGAAUUUUUGUCGGGGAGUUCCUCAUUACUACCAUAUCCCGGCGCAACGCAAGCAAAUCCACCGGUUUGAUAGUGCGAUURUUGCACUUUACCUUCCGCAGAAACAUCUUUUUUGUGUUUCUGCUCGCGGCGCUCUCGUUUUACGUUGCCACGGUGUUUUUUGCCGUGUUCKUGUACCUGAUUGGAGUCGAAAAUCCCCAGUGCAUACACGUCAACGGCGUCGAUUUCGGAGAGACGAGAACCCAGUUCAUAGAUGCCUUUGCUCUAUCCUGGACUACGUUCACUACCGUGGGGUAUGGAUUGGUGUAUCCGGCAACGUCGGCAACCCUGCCCAGCGGUUUCAACGUUGCGAAGGAAUGCACCGGAAUGGUCAUCCUCACGACCAUGGAGGCCUUUUGCGGAAUCCUGUUCUCCGCGCUCUGGGGUGCCAUCGUCUUUGCCAAGGUCACCCGGGUGGGUUCCUUCGCCCAGGUUUCCUUCUCCGACGCCAUCAUCAUCAAGUACGGGACGGGGGUCACGGGCGUGGUGGAAGACGACGACGAGUACGGAUCUUCUUCCGACGACGACGACCCCGAUCUCUUCAACMGGCUCGCCUUGUACAAGGCGAGCAAGCUGCCCUGCCCGAUCCUCGAGUUUCGGAUCGCCAACCGCCUCCACAACCGGAGGGGGGGAGAGAUCAUCGACGCCUGCAUCAACAUCGUGGCGAGCAUGGAAGAGAGCCAGGCCUCGAUCCAGAACGGAUCGGGGAUGGGAGCGAACAAGAGGCGGCGGCACAAGCGCGGACGGGGCAAGCAGAACGCCCAGAGAAGAAAGAAGAAGAAGUUCGUGGUGAAGGACKACGGGACGGUCGAGGAGGAGGACGCCAUCACCGACGAGGUCGUCGAGCGCGCGAGGGAGGCGGCGGAGGAAAUGGUCUCGUCGUACAUCGAGACGUCCGCGAGGGACGACAAAGGGUCGUCGGUCGAAAGGGGGGGGGAUUCCAACAUGCCCUUUCCCAACCAGGUCUUUGCCAAGCUGAUGGUCGAGACGAUGGAGCACCCGUUUUUCAACCGGGUGUGGAACGUCCGGCACGUCCUGGACGAGUCKUCGCCGAUCCUCAAGGCGGAGGCCAAGGAGCUGAUCCGCGUCAACAAGGGCCACUGGCCGGAGGAGCUGAACAGCGCCAUUGGGGUCCGGUCCAGCAUCCACUUUUCCCAGAUCCUGGUGAGYUUUUCGGGGACCUCCAACGUGGACGCCAAUUCCGUCUACAGCCAAAAGGCGUACAACUUUAUGGACGUCGGCGUCGGCUACGCCUUUUGCAACAUGCUCUUCCGGGAAUCGGACGGGAGCAUCGGCGUCGACCACAAGCUCCUGAACGACGUCAAGGAGCAGUCCGGCGGCGGCGGGGAGCCCCUCGAUCUGUGGGACAGCGGCGGGAACCCGCAGCGCGCCCUGAAGGACAUUUUCAUCCUGUAGGCAAGGCAGGCAGGCAGGCAGGCAGCCGCUGGUACGAUGCGGUGCCUUGUGGCGGAAGGCAGCGGCGUUCCGGAACGCAACACCGCGGUGGAGUGCAGGCAUUCGGUGGUCUUCGGCUAGCUACCUAAUUUUCC